UUGACCUAGUGAAUACAGUAUGUUGACCUAGUUAAACGUAUUUGGGAAAAGGGUGUUUAUAUGUGUGUAGUCAGCUAUUUGGACACUGUAUCAUAUUGUCAAAAUGGAAAGAAUAAUUGAUAUUCUGUUUUUGUUGUAUUUUGGGAGUCACAUUCCAAUAGCACUAUUCUUCGAUUUCCAAGCAGUUUUACCAGGCUGGAUGUUUCCAAAAUUGUUUGUUGACACCGUUGAUUGGUACGCGGAGGAGUUCGGAGAUGCCAUGAUGAAGGCCAAACCAGCCUGGUUCAAGUCGUUCUGCACGUGUGAACUAUUUCUACAAUUCCCAUUCUUCUUCGUUGCACUGUACGCGUAUUGGAAAGGUAUUUCAAAGUGCAGGUGGAUCCGACUGCCAAUAAUUGUCUACUCAACUCAUGUUGUGACGUCACUGAUCCCGAUACUCUUCCAUAUUUUUCUACAUGAUUUUACAUUAGAGAGCUACAAGGGUCCUAGAACGUUCACUGAGAGGCUGCAGCUGAGCGGAUUUUAUUUCCCAUAUUUUAUUGUGCCAUUGGUUUUGCUACUUGAUGCCUUGUUCCACCCAGUGUACGUGAACGGAGGCAGCGAAAGUACAAGAACAGUGAAACAUAAACCAAAGGGAAGAAAACAUCAUUAAACUGGAGGCGAUAUUUUAAAUUAUUUAAAUAUUUCACAUAAAGUAUUAUGUUGUUUUUUGUUUAAGUUAGUAAUGCUGAUGAAAAAGAAUGUGAAUAUUCAAAAUACAGAUCUUGUAUCAAUCGAAUAACAGACGGACCGAUGAUAAAUGUAACGAAUAGAGGCAUUAAUUAAUUUUUAAUCGAGUUAUAAUCGCUAAUGGCAAUUGUGGUCUUCAAAGACGAUAUUUGAACAAAUAUAUAUUAAUAAAGGGUUCCAGAUUUAUUUUUUUUGUUUUAACACGCAUUAUGAAAAAAACAAGAUAAAUGAAUGUUUGUACAAGUGUCUGGUUGAGUACACGUAAACUAGUUUAAAACCCCAGUGUACACCUGUUUCAUUGAUAUUUCAAAGGCGGUAAUCACGACAUUUAUUAAUAAAGAUUGGUCGAUUAAUGUAUGGCA